CAUUAGUUCAUUCCUAGGUUUCAAGUGCUUUGGUCCUGUUUCUGCUCUCUCCUGGAUUUCUCUGGCUAUGACUUGUUACGCUCUUACUUUGGCUCUACUGGCGCUGGCCGGCUGCAUUUGCUGUACUUUCGCACGGGCCUCGCCCGACGAAGAGCGCUACGUGGAAAAGGAGUAUAAUCGGGAUCUGUAUGACUGGAUUAAUAACGCAGUUCGAUAUGCGCCCGUCCAACCGCCGGGUCCGCCCUGCAAGCAUCCUUACUUUCUAGACAACUCGCUUAACCCGAAUAUGCGGAUGCCAAAGCGAAACUCGGAACUGAUAAACUCGCUGCUCAGCUUACCCAAAAACAUGAAUGAUGCGGGCAAGUAAAAGAAAAAAGACCGGAUAUAACUAAGUACAUACAUAUGUCGCUUUGGAGAUUCUAUACGUGAACAUAAAUAUAUAUGAAAACAAUGUGUAAAAAAAAAAUACAAAAAAAAAAUAAAUAGUCCUUUAAGCCUGGCCUGCGCUUUUAUUAUAUAAAUAUAACACAAAAUAAUUCAGAAAUAAGUUUGUUUGCAUACAUAUGACAUAUGACUCGAAGGAUUCACCAAUUGCCUUUUUGUUGAAACUGUGCAAAAUACUUAAAUUAAUUUAUG